AUGGCCGCUACGCCAUUCCAGGUGGAAGCCUGGACGGAGUAUGCCAUCGGCAUGCUCAUCCUCCUCGGCCGAAUUGCUUACCGGAUACACGUCGUGGGUUGGAACUGGCACGGUGACGACUUCUUUGCCAUAGCAGCUGUUUUCUUUUUAACGGGAGAAACAGCCAUGCUGGAAAUGAUAGGUCAAUGGGGUUCCAUUGUUGGCAUGACCGACAGCAUUGCACUCACGCUCACGGACGAGGAAAAACAUCGCAUCGUAAAGGGUGCCAAGGCAGACAUCGCCGGGUGGUGUCUCUACAUCACCCUCAUCUGGUGCCUCAAAGCAUGCAUGUUGUUCUUUUACCGCAGGCUUACAUUGGACACCCGACAGAGACGGCUCGUAACUGUGGCUGCGAUAGCCUGCGUUUGUUCAUACAUUGCAACAAUUGGGGUAGUUUUGUUACGGUGCCUACCAUUUCACAAGAAUUGGCAAAUCUACCCUUAUCCCGGAGAUAACUGCAGCAGCCCAAAUCAAAUAUUCCUCACAUUGGUAAUCACCAACGUCUCCACCGAUCUUCUUAUCCUCUACAUUCCACUUCCACUGUUAUGGGUUGUGCAGCUACCAUGGUCCAAGAAAUGCGUAUAUGGGCUGUGGCUCACGACCGGUAUUUUCGUAAUUGUUGCAAGCCUUCUGAGAUGCAUCUUGUCCAUCAAGGAUGCAAGUGAGGUUGACGUUUCCACCAUCUGGGCAAUUCGGGAAACAUUCGUUGGCAUUAUAUCCGUAAAUGCACCAGUCCUCGGCCCAUGGAUUAUCAAGAAAUGCACCUUCAUCGCCCAAAGCGUCUCAUCCAAGGAUCGGUCAAGGAGCGAUGGGCAAAACAGGGGAAUCUCCAUCGUGACCAUCGGUCGGCAAAGCUACCGACUCGACAGACUCAAGCGAGAUGGCAUGAAGCACAACCCCCCAGGCUGGACAACGAUCAACGACAGCGAAGAAUACAUCAUGGAGGAUCAAUUGCACGAUGGCAGCAACAACACGACCGCAUCGAAUCAAGCUGCGUCUUCAAAGGUUUGA